AUGCUGACCAAGGUUUUGAUUUCGAAAGAGAUAGCGGAGAGGGUGGAUUCCAUUAAAUCAAUGUUGAAUUCAAUGGAGGAUGGAGAAAUUAGUAUCUCGGCCUACGACACUGCAUGGGUGGCUCUAGUCGAAGAUAUUCAUGGAAGUGGUGUUCCUCAGUUCCCUUCUAGCCUUGGGUGGAUCGUCGAAAAUCAGCUCCCAGAUGGUUCUUGGGGUGACCUUGGGAUGUUCUCUGCUCACGAUCGGAUACUAAACACUUUGGCUUGUGUGGUUGCAUUGAAAUCAUGGAACGUAUACCCAGAGAGAUGGGAGAAAGGAAUGUUAUUCAUUCGGGAGAACAUGUGCAUGCUCGAAACUGAAAAUGCAGAGAACAUGCCGAUAGGCUUUGAAAUUGCUUUCCCUUCUCUUAUUGAAAUUGCUAAAAAUCUGGAUUUGCAAAUUCCAGAUGAUUCUGCUUUCAUGCAAGAGAUAUAUACCAAGCGGAAUCUAAAGCUCACUAGGAUACCGAAGGACAUGAUGCACUUAGUUCCCACAACUCUCCUCCAUAGCUUGGAAGGCAUGCAUGGGUUGGAAUGGGAGAAGCUUCUCAAGCUUCAGUGCUCAGAUGGGUCAUUCCUCUUUUCGCCAUCCUCGACAGCCUUUGCCCUCAUGCAGACUAAAGAUGAAAAUUGCCUACAAUAUCUCAACAAAGUCGUCCAGAGAUUCAAUGGAGGAGUGCCUAAUGUCUAUCCUGUCGACUUGUUUGAACAUAUUUGGGCUGUUGAUCGGUUGGAACGCCUCGGCAUUUCUAGAUAUUUCCAAUCAGAAAUUAAAGAGUGCCUCAAUUAUGUCUACAGUUAUUGGACGGAGGAUGGGAUUUGUUGGGCACGAAAUUCAAGGGUACAUGAUAUUGAUGACACAGCUAUGGGGUUCAGGCUCCUAAGGUUGCAUGGCUAUGAUGUCUCCGCUGAUUCAUUUCGGCAAUUCGAGAAAGGCGGGGAAUUCUUCUGCUUUGCAGGACAAUCGAACCAGGCAGUCACAGGAAUUUUUAACCUCUACCGGGCGUCUCAGGUGUUGUUCCCCGGAGAGAAGAUCCUAGAAGAUGCCAAGACGUUUUCAUUCAGGUUUCUAAAAGAAAAGCUGGCUGCCAAUCAACUUCUAGAUAAAUGGAUAAUAACCAAGGACUUGCCUGGUGAGGUGGGCCAUGCUGUCGACAUACCAUGGUACGCCAGCCUACCCAGACUGGAGUCUAGGUAUUAUAUAGAGCAAUAUGGUGGGGACGAUGAUGUAUGGAUCGGGAAAACACUGUACAGGAUGCCUUUAGUUAAUAACAAUGACUAUCUUGAGCUAGCAAAAAUAGACUACAAUCAUUGCCAAGCAUUGCAUCAGCUGGAAUGGAUCAGUUUUCAGAAGUGGUACACAGAGUAUAAUCUUGGAGAGUUCGGGGUGAGCAGGGAGACACUUGUCCAAGCCUAUUUUGUGGCAGCAGCAAGCAUUUUCGAGCCUGAACGAUGGACUGAGCGUCUUGCAUGGGCUCGAACAGGAGUCCUAGUCAAGGCAGUCUGCUUUUACUUAGAGAAGCAAGCUGAUCAAGAAUGGAGAGACUUCGUUGAUGCUUUCAACAGCAGUAGCAAUAAUUGUGAUAACACACCUAAAAGCAACACAAGGAGGUGGGGUUCGAAGAGGACAGCAGAGGGACUCAUUAGGGCCCUGCUCCAAACCCUCAAUCGGCUUUCAUUGGACUCACUGAUGGCGCACGGCAUACACAUCCGCCACUACUUACAACGAGCUUGGGGCAGGUGGCUGCUGACAUGGUGGGAGGAAAAACAAGAAGAAGAAGAAGAUAGGCAGCAUGAAAGAGAGGCAGAGCUACUGGUACUCAGCAUAAACCUAUGUGCCGGCCGUUGCAUCUCGGAGGAGCUGUUGUCCCAUCCCCACUAUGCUCGUGUCGUCCAACUCACCAACAGAUUGUUCCACCACUUGAGUCGUUUCCGGGAAUGCAAGGUAAAGGAAAAGGAGAGCAAUAAUAUUCCAAAUAUGAGAAGCACCACCACCCCCCUCGAGAUAGAAUCAGACAUGCAAGAACUAGUCCAAUGUGUACUCCGGCCCUCUGAUGGCAUUGAUCCUGCGAUCAAGCAAACAUUCCUCACUGUUGCCAAGGGCUACUACUACACUGCCUACUGUCCACACGACAUGAUCAACCGCCACAUAGCCAAGGUACUCUUUGAGAGAAUAAAUUGA